GUCAGCUAGUCAGCGAUCAGAGAGAGAGGGAGAGAGAGAGAGAGAACGAGAAAGAGAGAGAGAGAAGACGAACAUCUCGGGCUCAGCUGGGUUUUUUCCCACGGACCAUUAUGCCCGUCUCGCCGUCGUCGCUUUCUCUCAGGUAUCCGUUUCCCGGUCGCUGAAUGGCGCUGGUUACCGUGCAGCGUUCACCGACCCCCAGCACCAGCUCCAGCCCCUGUGUCUCGGAGUCCGGUAGUGGGGAGGAUGAUCGUCGCUCUCAGCCAAGAAGUAUCAGUGAGAGUUUCCUGACAGUUAAAGGAGCCGCCCUCUUUUUGCCACGAGGAAAUGGCUCCUCCCCUUCUUCCGCCUCUCGCUUCUCACAGCUGCGCAGCAAACAUGCAGGAGACCUCCAGCAGCACCUGCAGACCAUGUUCACCCUCCUCAGACCAGAGGACAACAUCAAACUGGCGGUUCGUUUGGAGAGCGCUCACCCUCAGUGCACUCGCUACAUGGUGGUCGUCUCAACCAACGGCCGCCAGGACACUGAAGAGAGCGUGGUACUGGGUAUGGAUUUCAGCCCCACAGACAGCUCAUGUUCAGUAGGGCUUGUUUUGCCCCUAUGGAGUGACACACUGAUACAUCUGGAUGGAGAUGGGGGUUUCAGCGUGUCGACCGAUAACAGAGUGCAUGUGUUCAAGCCUGUGUCUGUGCAGGCCAUGUGGUCUGCACUCCAGUCGCUCCAUAAAGCAUGCGAGGUGGCCCGAUGCCAUAACUAUUUCCCAGGCAGCUUGUUCCUCACCUGGGUUAGCUACUAUCAGAGCAGGGUCUCCUCCGACCAGGCACACAUCAACGAGUGGAACGCCAUGCAGGACGUGCAGUCGCACCGUGCCGACUCGCCUGUCCUCUUCUCUUAUGUACCUACAGAAAGAGAGAGGACAGAGCGGCUGAUCAAAACCAGUUUGAGGGAGAUCAUGAUGCAGAAGGACCUUGAAAAUGUCACCAGCAAAGAGAUCCGGACAGAGCUGGAGAUGCACAUGACAUGCAACCUGCGGGAGUUCAAAGAGUUUAUUGACAAUGAGAUGAUUGUGAUUCUGGGCCAGAUGGACAGUCCUACAGAGAUCUUUGAGCAUGUCUACCUGGGAUCUGAGUGGAAUGCAUCUAAUUUAGAGGAGCUGCAGAACAGUGGGGUGCAGUAUAUCCUGAAUGUAACAAGAGAGAUCGACAACUUUUUCCCUGGUCUGUUUGAGUACCACAACAUCCGUGUUUAUGAUGAAGAGGCCACUGAUCUGCUUGCCUAUUGGAAUGACACAUAUAAGUUUAUAUCCAGAGCCAAGAAAGCCGGGGCCAAGUGUCUGGUGCACUGCAAGAUGGGCGUGAGUCGCUCUGCGUCCACAGUUAUCGCGUACGCCAUGAAGGAGUACGGCUGGGACUUGGAAAGAGCCUUUGAUUAUGUCAAGGAACGGCGAGCUGUCACCAAGCCUAACCCCUCUUUCAUGAGACAGCUGGAGGAGUAUCAGGGCAUACUGCUGGCCAGUAAGCAGAGGCACAACAAGCUGUGGCGCUCGCACUCUGAUAGCGACCUCUCAGAGCACCACGAGCCGCUGUGUAAACCGUCUGCACAGCCACACAGCUUGGGCCGCUCCGACCCCCACAACCAGACUGGCAACACAGCUGGCCCCUCCCUGAAGGAACUGCUGCAACCACUGGAAACCUCAUCUAGCAAUGGCAAAGUAGCACACUCCACCAGACAGCCUGAUACUGGUAUCCAGACCAAUCAACUCAACUCCUCCUGCCCUGAGGGGGCACCAGCUCUAUCAGGUCUUGCUGAAGGUCAGAGCCUCCUGCCUGAGGCUUCCUGUCAAUCUGCUGUAGCCCAGACCCAGGGAGAGCUCAGCCAGGUGGACGCCCCGUGUCCCGACCCCAUGGCUGGGUCUGUGCCUCCCUUAUCUGCCCCUCUCUCCAACGGUCUGUGUGACUCAGAGGAAGAAUCCUCGUCACCCCCUCUCCCCCGGCCAAGGGCUGCCACUGUGGUGCCUGAGGCUCGAAAAUCCGACCUUUCCACGGUGACUGUUGCGGAGUGUGUUUUGUUGGGCCAACCUCACCCACCCCCAUCCCUUCACCACCUCCCCCUCUCCCCUGCCCCGUCUCCAGCUCCAGCCUGCACAGACGAAGCGAUCAGACCACAGGAGCUCUCCAGCUCUUUGCCUGUGGUAAAACCUAGCCACCAGCUGCAGAUGCCAGUGUCAGUGCCUGAGUCCUCAAGGACCCCAACACCAAGCACACAACAGGCUGAACCCCAAGGUCUGUCUGCACCAGUGCCUGACAAGGAACUAGACUGUGACCAGCAGUCAUGUGGGUUGUCUUUGGACAGUUUAACAGCCCAUUCACCCUCCACUAGUGAUUAUAUCAGUUACCCCAGUGCCAUUCCACAAGACCUUGAGGUGUCAUUCACCCGCAGUACAGACCACAUCAACUUCUUCAGUGCCAGGGAAAAGUUCCAGGGUCUGACUCAAGAUGGUAAGACUCACUGUGCUGCUGUGCAGGCGGUGCAGCAGUCACCCCAGCUUAAGGGUCCUGGCAAGGACCAGCCACCAAUGCCUCAGGAGUACUCUACUAGUGAAGGAAGAAAAGAGGAGGAGGAGGAGGAGGGAGGAAAGGAUAUUGCAGUCCCUGUGCAGGUCACAGGACUUAAAACCACGAUGCAUACAGCAACCCCUCCUCCUGGCGCUCUCAGCCAACCAGGGCCUCAGGCCCCCCAGGACCAGGAAGUGAGGAAGUCAAAGCAGGAAAUGGAGGAGAGAGUUGUUUUAUCACAGGAGGAAGCUGAGAAUGUAAAAGAGGAAGUGAAGAACAAAGAGGAGGAGGAGAUGCCCCCUGCUCGUCUCACCAGUGAUUGGACAAGGGGUUCUGUGCGCCGUGUCACACGACAGCUGGAACAGCGAAUGAAACAGGGGCAAGACUCUCCGUUGCCCUCCUCGUCUCCCCCUUCCCUCUCCGUGAGCUCCUCUGGCUCUCAGCAGUGCUUGCAAUUCCACCCACACUCCAGCGAAAACCUCCUCGCAGACUCUAACCUCCAGCCAGCAACAAUGUCUAAUCCCCAGAAUGCACCCCUUUGCUUGCAGGGGCCAGUAGUUCGCACUGCGGAGGAAGAGCAAGUAGAAGAUUCUGGGAAGUGUUGUCCAAUGGAGGAAGAGAGUAGUGAGGUAGUUGAGGGGAGGGGACCAAUCUGUGAAGACAGAAGCACAAAAACACACAAAGUCCAACCUGCUGACAUUAGAUCUCUCUCUACCUCUUCGUCCUUUCAUCCUUCUGUCCACUCCUCCCUUGCUCCACUUUCCUCUGUCGGCUUCCUGUGUUUGGAGGGCGUCACAGAGCUUGAGUCGGGCACGGACUGGGACUACCCCUUGGAGGGUCUUCAUGGUGACAUCAUCAUGAAAGAGACAUGGGAGACUCUGUGCGAGUUGGGUGCCUUCCUGCAGCAGGUGAGCUCGGGCAGAGGAAGCAGGGCCAGGUGUGUGGAGCAGGUGUGGGGCCUGGGUGCCGGUGCCACACAGAAGAGAGGCCACUGUGUCCAGCAGAGGGUCAGAGAGGUGGAGGCCAGAAUUCGCCAGGCAGGGCUGACCCCGCCGUCUCUGAUGAAACGAUCAGCCUCUCUGGCCAAGCUAGGCUGCCUGGACCUGCUCGCCAAUGACCUGAGCGAGUGGGAGGUAAGCUGCACCUCUGUUGCUCCCACCUCAGAGCAGUCCCCACUCCACACAGCCAGUGACGAGUCCAAGAAGCAGCGGGUCCACAGCUCUCCCUCAGCCAGCCAGCAUGAAGCCUUCAGGGUUGAGUCAGAGAGUUUCUGUGAAGCUGGAAACCCCUCAUCAGGAUGCUCUCCACCUCCAAAUCAGAGUCAGCCACAAGAGAACCUGCUCGACUGUGUCCAAGGCUCUCCACAGCUGCCCGGGCUGAUCUCGAUGCCGACAAGGCAGCAGUACGGAAGGACACACCCUCUGAGGCGGCUGAAGAAAAGGACUGUCAGCACCGUCUACCACACCAUGUAACCUUCACCCUGUGUGCAUGAGCACGUGCGUUUGUGAAAGAUCAAGUGUACCUAUGAGAGAUGAUAAUUAAGUGCUUAUGUUGAAUUUAAUUCAGCAAAACAAACCAUUGUCUCUUGCCUUAACAGAUAAGUUUGGUAGUUUGUGUACAAUGAUUUAUUCACCUGCAGAUCUGUCCAUAGCCUCUGCGAUAACGAGGCAGCCAUCUUGCUGCAAACAAAAUAUUGACACUGAGUCUAUGAAGGUCCCAAAAGUUAAUCGAAAUUAAUGCUACAACCAAAACUAAGCAUUGAAAGUAGCACUGUGUGGUAUAAAUGCUUUCACAAGAAGUCACUGAAGCAGCAAAUCAGUCAUCCAGCUCCAUUUGGUUGCUUGUUGUUUCUAGCCUUCCAAUGUUGCAUAUUGGUAGUUUUGUCAUCACCAUCUGAUGUUUACUUGAGUGCUGUAGGUGGAUUCACAACUUUGACCUGAUUCUUGGUGGAAUGUAGCCGCUUUUCCAGACCUCUUUUCUGUAUUUCAUCUCACUUCACUUUACUGCUGUAAAAAAAAUGAUAUUUGCUAGUUGUGUUUAGUAGCUGUCUUAGAAAUGAGAAAACCUUUCCCCUGGUUCUGUCUGUCAGGAAAAUGAAUUGACCAAUUUCAAUUCAUCAACAAGCCAACAGGUUUCUGAAAAGAAGGUAAUAUUGUUCACCACAAACCAAAUUUUCCAAGAUUGGUGAACUUAAAAAAUAACAAAAGACUCUACUUGAAACUGAAACUAAGACUUACUAACAUGCAUCAUGACUAAGUCUAAUCUGAAAUGGCUGUCGGCAGCUCUGUUGGUGAGUGAAGUUGUCCUAAAAUUAAUUGAUUUCUGCAGAUUUGAAGAAACUGGACAAUGUUAAUAGCCUCAAAUGCGUUCGGUUGCAAGUCCUGGUGAGCAGGCCAGAUGUACGUUAGCGGCUUAUUGAAACAGAAAACACAAAAGAGCAGAGGAGGCAUAUUGGUUUGGAUUGCCUGUUUGUUUUUUUUGUUUGUUUUUUUCCAUGUUUUUGACUGUCCACUACACAAUACCUCAGUUGGCCUGAACCAAAUCUGAUCAACACAGCUAUCAGGCCUGGGAUUCCUGGAAUGUCCAACGCCAUCAGAAGCAAUCAGUUUCACUACUCGAUAAACCGAAGUACGCGCAUGUCUCUCUGAAGUCUUGACAGUUCUGAUGCAGCUCAAACCAGAUUUUUAUUUUCAUGUGUUACCGUGUGUCAGGGAGGAAGGGUAGGUUAGGAAGCUGGGAGCUGAAGCCAGUGUGUAUGUUUGUGUGUUUUUUGAGCUGUUCUUUUUGGGGUAUGUAAUGUUUUUUUUUUGUUUUGUUUUGUUUCAUUUUUUUUUGUUUGUUUUUUUUGUUUGUUUUUUUGUAAAGGAGAUGAGUGUUAAUGUUUUCAAGAUCUGUAUAUGUUUUUAUAUCUGGCUCAUGUCCUUGUGUGAGUGUGACUGUAGCUUCCCCCAUGUGGAUGUGUACAUUUUUAACUGAUCUUUCGUCUCUUUUGUACACAUUAGGGAUGUGCCUGUGACUGGCAAGUGCAGCCUCUCUGCAGUUUAUCAGAAAUUUCUGCACAGGGAGGUCUGUUGAACAUGCACUUUACUCCCUUUUUAAUUGUAAUAUUGUCACUUUUAUUUUUCAUUUUUUUAAAUGUAUGGUUGCUACCUUUGGGGAGCAUGGUUUUAAUGAGUAGCAACCGCUGGGUGUGUGUAUAUUGUGAUUUAAAAAAAAAAAAAAAAAGUUUUUUUCCCCCCCCUUUUUUCAAUUUUAAACUAUCAAUGUCAAUAUUCUUUUAUAUCAUGUGCUUCAACUGUGACCAUUAAAGGAUGGAGAUAGAGAG